CCCGCGUCGGGUUGGGCUGCGCGGUGCGGGCUGAGGCGGCCGGGGCGGCCCGAGCGCAGACCUUUGGCUUGCGUGGAAAGCGCUCACUGAAUCUGUCACCUAAGAGACCAAGCGGUAGAGCUGAGGGAAUGGGUGACUUGUCGUCCACAGUCAUGCACGGCUCCCAUCCUCCUCGUCUGCCCGCCGUGCCUAUUGUCGUUGCUGUUCGCUGCCAUCGGGUCGGCCCCUGACACGUGGUGACCCCAUGCACAACGAAUGGAAUGCUGCCCAGUCCUGCACCAUCUUCAAGAUCAUUGGUCUGCUUGAGUCCGUGGUUGGGGCCAUUGUGUAUUUUGAGGGCACUCCAACCUAGGGGGCUCGUCUUCCAGCACUGUAUCAGGCAAUGUUCUGUUGUGACCCAUAGGGUUUUCAUUGGCUGAUUUUUGGAAGUUAAUUGCCAGGCCUUUCUUCCUAGUCUGUCUCAGUCUGGAAGCUCUGCUAAAACCUGUCCACCAUGGGUGACCCUGCUGGCAUUCGAAAUGCUGGCGGCAUAGCUUCCAGCACCACACCAACAUGCUGCCGCCACAGUAGGACAAACUGACGGACGGGGGCUGGGGGAGGGUGUGCGGACCUUUUGCUUAGAGCACCCUAACUAGUUUAUUGACCCCCAUUCUCUCCCUCUAGGCCCCCAAGUGGUGCAGACAGUUUGCGCUCGACUACUAACCUAAAGGUUGGCAGUUUGAACCCACCCCGCUGUGCUGCGGGAGAAAGGCCUGGCGAUCUGCUUCUGUAAAGAUCACAGCCAAGAAAACUCCAUGGGGCGGUUCUACUCUGCCGCACAUGGGGUCGCCGUGAAGUUGGAAUUGACUCGAAGGCUUCGGGGUUUGGUUCUGGUUCCCCUUCUCCCUCCUCAGUGGGUCGUCCCUGUAUGACCAGAACAAAGCUUUCUACAACACAGAUUGGUUUGCCGUUUCUCUGCCACCGUCUUCAGCUCCUCACCCACAUGAUAAAAAUCUCAGUUUCUCUCUUCCUCACGUGGCCCUGGUGGCACAGUGUGGUUUGGCUCCACCUUACCUUUCCGGCUAACCUUGUCUCUGACUCCCCUUCAGCCCCCACAAAUGGUCCCUUCGAGCUCCUCCCUGCUGCCCCCCACCCCAGCCUGCCCCAGGCUUCCUGAGCACUUCCUUCCUUCUUUUAUCCAACAAAGACUUGCUCUGUGCCUAUUUUAAGCUUUCAAGCUUGUGCCAGGUGCUGGGAGUGAAUGAGACACUUGUGCGCACGGGUGGGGAGGCAUGGGGACCGAUGACCCGGGCAUUCUGGAGGUCACAGUUUGCUCUAGAGCACUCUCAGAGUCGUGAUCUCUGGGGGUAGAAGAGAUGGGGCCCCAAAACCAGAAGGCCGACCCAGUUGCCGUCAAGUCAACUCCGGCUCAUGGAGACCCCGUAUGUGUCUGUUAUGGAUUGAAUUGUGUUGCUGCAAACGUGUUGAAAUCCUAACACCUAGACCUGUUGACAGAAACCCUGGUGGUGCAGUGGUUAAGAGCUGCAGCUGCUAACCAAAAGGUUGGCAGUUUGACUCUACCAGCUGUUCCUUGGAAACCCUACGGGGCAGUUCUCCUCUGUCCCACAGGGUCGCUGUGAGUUGGGAUCAACUGGAUGGCAACCGGGUUUUAUAGCUGUGGACCUGAGGAGGUAAUCCCAUUUGUUGUGUUAAUGACCCCGUAUCAGUGUAGGGUUGUGUCUUCAACCUCAUCACUUUUCAGGUAUAAAAGGAGCGGAGUAGGCGGGAAGAGGAGUCCCUUGGUGGUGGAAAGGCUUAAACUACUAGCUGAAAGGUUGGUGGUUCAGGUCCACCCAGGGGCGCCACAGAAGACAGGCCUGGUGGUCUGCUUCUGAAGGAUCCCAACCCUGCAAACCCUAUGGAGCCGUCCUACCCUGCACACAGGGGUCGCCGUGAAUCGGAAUCGACUCGACGGCAACAGAUACAGAGACGAUGAAGCACAGAUGGGGGAAUGAUGGAGGCCACAUGGAGAUCGCCCGGGAACGCGGAACGCUGGAGCCAGCGAAGCUGAGACAGAGAUCUUCCCGAAUGGACAGAGAAAGCCUUCCCCCGGAGCCGGCACCCUGAAUUCAGACUCUAGACUCCUAAAGUAUGAGAGAAUAAAUUUCUGUUCCUUAAAGCUACCCACUUGUGGUAUUUUUGUUACAGCAGCGCUAGGUGACUAAGACAGUGUCAGAGUAGAACUGGCCCCUGUAGGGGUGUCAGUGGCUGCGUUCUCGGAAGCAGGUCCCCAGGCCUUUCUUCUGAGGUGCCUCUGGGCAGUCUUGAACCUCCAACCUUUUGGUUAGCAGCCGAGCGCAUUCACUGUUUGCGCUGCCUGGGGACUCCUGAUCGGGACCCUGAAAAGCCUGUCGCCAUCAAGUCAAUUCCAACUCACAGUGGCCAUAUAGGACAGAGUGGAACUGCCCCCUAGGGCUUCCAAGGAGCUGCUGGUGGAUUUGAAUCGCUGGCCUUCUGGUUAGCAGCCGAAGCUCGCCGUUGCUCUUAAUCACUGCUCCACCCGCCGGCUCCCGGAGGGGCCCAGGCAUGUGUAUUCCAUGAGCUCCACCGGUGCAGCUGUGAUAAGUUUUUCAGGGUACAGGAAGGUGGGGUAACAAUUACUCCUCGAAAGCCCCAGGGAAGAGUCUGGAAGAAGCCUUGGAGAACUGCACAGAGGUCUGCAGGAGGGCAGGCCAGGAGGGCACCCCAUCUUUGUGUGUAUGCGGUGGUGGGCUGGGGCUGGGUCUUUCCACACUCGUUUCUCAUCUAGGGCAGGGUUUCUCAACCAUGAUGCUGUUGAUGUUUGAGGUCGGAUUAUUCUCUGGAAUGGGGCUGUCCUGUGCGCUGUAGGGUGUUGAGCAGCAUCCCUGGUCUCUACCCACUCAUGCGAAUAGCCCCCUACCCCAGUCAUGACAACCACAAAUGUCCCCAGGCAUUGGCAAAUGUCCCCUGGGGCAGAGUUGCCCCACUGAGAACUCCUGGGUUGGGGGAUUCCACUGACCCCCAGGAGACUCUGGGUCCCAUAAUCAUCUGAGUUACUGACGUCCUAGGAUGCUGCCCACAUUUAAAUCCACACACUGAGUGGGGAGGAGAGAGGAGGGAAAUCACAGGAGCUGGAGGGCCCCGUGGUUUACAGGGGCUAACCCAGUGGAUGCUGCAAAGAAUAUCGGAUAUGCCAUGGAUUGUCAGAAGAACGAAUAAAUCUGUCUAGGAAGAAGUACAGCCAGAAUGCUCCUUAGAAGCAAGGAUGGUGAGACGUUGUCUCAUGUACUUUGGACAUGUUAUCAGGAGGGACCAGUCCCUGGGAAACGACAUCAUGCUUGGUAAAGUAGAGGGUCAGUGAAAAAGAGGAAGACUCGCAAUGGGAUGGACUGACACAGUGGCUGCAACAGUGGGCUCAAACAUAACGACGACUGUGAGGAUGGCGCAGGACCAGGCAGUGUUUCAUGCUGUUGUGCACUGGGCCACUAAGAAUCGGAACUGACUUGACGGCGCCUGACAACAACAACCCAUCAGGGAUUUAUUCUGGUGUGUGCUGUGAGCAGGGGUCAAACUCAGUUGUUUUCUUUCCAAAUAAUUAGUGCAGGGUUCUUCCCCUCGGCACUGCUGACAGGGGGACAGGAUCAUUCUCUGGGGUGGGCUGCCCUGUGCACUGCAGGCUGCUGGAAGCAUCCCUGGGCUCCAUGCAUUCAAGGCCAGUAGUACCUCCCCUCCCAGUCAUGACAACCACAAAUGUCCCCAGACAUCACCCAGUGUCCCCUGAGGGCAGAGUCACGCAGGUAAGGACCCCUGCUCUUGGGCAUUGCUGGACGCAAGGUGGCACGUGGCAAGCGUGUACCUGCAUUAAAGAAUGGACAGAUGUCGCUCAGGUCUGACUCAAUGCCAUCUCCUUAGAGACCCUCGGUGGACAGGAUUCCCGUCUUCCUGCUGUAACCAUGUUGCCCUGCCGACACUGAACAGAUCUUGCCAAAUGCCGUUCAGUGAGUCAUCACUCAGUUCUCGAAAGCCAGGAUCCAUCUGACAUCAGCAAUGAUAUCCCUGGUUCCAUGUCCUCUUCUGAAUCCGGCUUGAACUUCUGGCAGCUCCCUGUCGAUGUACUGCUGCAGCCGCUUUUGAAUGGUCUUCACACCGUACACCAGAAUACGUUUCCCAGUGGGUCAGGUGGUAUAAAACCGGGGAAGCAAAAGCUUGUUUGGACUCUGAGCGUCACUGCUGAGGACAGCCGAGCCUCCUGCACAGGUUUGUAAAGUGGUGCUUCCCAGGAAAACCGAAAAAGCUCUCUGGACCCCGGGGGCCGGAGCUGAUGGCAGACGAUGUCAGCCACUAACAACAUAGCACAGGCCCGGAAGCUGGUGGAGCAGCUCCGCAUUGAGGCCGGCAUUGAGCGCAUCAAGGUCUCCAAAGCCUCAUCCGAACUCAUGAGUUACUGUGAGCAGCACGCCCGGAGCGACCCCUUGCUGGUUGGAGUUCCUGCUUCCGAGAACCCGUUUAAGGAUAAGAAGCCUUGUAUUAUUCUAUAGCUGUGUUCCCUGUGUGUUCAGCUUCUCUCUCUCUCUGUCUCAGGCAGGGCAUCUUUCAGUCCUGAGCUUAAGCAAAACAUCUCAAACCCCCAACAUUUUAAUCGCAGCAUAAAUGUGAAAAGUUACCACUGCCCAGAUGGGGUAAUAGCCAGCGAUCCUCUAGGGCUAGGUGGAUUUUCACACCAACAUCACAACCCCCUCAAGACCCUGCCCAAAGACGUGGUGGCCUCGCAACCACUUCCGAUUAAGAACAGCUGAAAUGCCCAUUCGAUGUGGUAACCAUUUUUUAAAACUCUCUGUUGCCAUUUGAAUUGCGGUCAGGGGCCCGAGCUGGGUGCGGAGAAGGGGACGAGGUGGCAGAAUCUGCCUGGCUCAGGCCGACCUGGCUGGCCGGCGAUUUCCUCACAAUUGGCCGUUCAUGAAAAGAUCUCCGCCAGGCCGCCGGGAUGUUUUUUAAACGGGCAAAAUUUAGUGGGACAUAACUACCUAUUCUGGAAAAAAUCUCUCCUUUUUGUUUAAAAUAAUUGUUACUCCAUUCUGCUGAAAUCGGAUGGUGAUGGCGACACCCAUAGUCCAACUGUGGUGUGUGAUGUGCAGGCGGGGCUGGGAAAAGGGCAGGGAUGGGCGAGGGACUCUGUCUGUGAAAGGCCUCAUCCGACCUCCUGCUGUUGUCACCGCAGCCAUGCUGCGGCCCUCGACCUUCCCUCGGGCCCCCGCCAUCACAUAUGCUCCGGGAGAGUAGCCUCUUGAAUCGCCAAAUGUGUCUUCUUUUGUCUGAAGCACGAGACAUCGAUAUGCGUAGCUUGAGGCUUUGGUCAUCUCUGGCUGGUCCGUGUUCCCACUUUCGCCAACCGCCACUGCCAUUUUACAGACAGAAAUGCCGUCUGGGGUGAGGGGUCCCGCUGGGCGCGUGGAGCCACGUUUGCCUUUGGCAUGGAGGGAGAUGCUAAACGAUUUCAAAGCAGCCUUUGGCAAUGAGAGUCAACGCCGACGCUCGGCUCUCCCCCUCCUUGCUCCCAUGUCGUUGUUUCGCUCUUAAAGCCCGUUGCCGCCAAGUCACCCCCAACUCACCGUGACCCCACGUGUGUCAGAGUAGAACCGUGCUCUGCAGGGUUUUUGAUGGCUGAUUUUUCGGAAAGGCCCCUGGGUGGUGCAGACGAUUUGCGCUCAUCUACGUCCCUAAAGGCUGGUGGUUCAAACCUACCCAGCAGUGCUGCGGAAGAAAGGCCGGGCAGUCUGCUUCCAUAAAGACUAGAGCCAAGAAAACCCUACAGAGCAGUUCUAGUCUGUAAUGGGGUCGCUGUGAGUUGGAAUCGAUUCGAUGGAAAUGGGUUUUAUUUUGCUUUGUUUUAACGGAUCUUUGGGAAGUAGAUCACCAGGCCUUUCUCCCGAGGCACCUCCGGGUGAACUUGAACCCCUAACCUCUUGGUGAGGAGCGAGCACGUUCACCGUUCGCACCACCCAGUCUCCCUCUUAGUCCCUGCACAGCCCAGAACGUCUGGUUUCGGGAAGUGAGGUGCGUUCUGAGUGGAAUCCGUCACCUUCCUAACAGAUCUGGAAAUUUAAGAUGUCUUGGGAUUGGUGGAGGGAGGGGGCCUGUUUAUAAAAAUGAACGUUUCCACUAUGACACAGCAUCAACGGUUCCAUGAGCAGGUGGCGGGAGGAAGGGGCCAGACACACCCCUGACCCCACCUGCCAGCGUCUCCUGCAACCAAACCCAAGAGGUGUUCAGACAGGGCCAGGACCCCACACCACCCCCAGCUCAGGACUCCCCCUCCCAACUCAGGUGCCACAACUGGCCCCGGAGCAGAGUGGAAAGAAACUCACCCCCUCUGCCCCUGCAGCCCCAACGGAAAUCAGAGUCUCAAGCCUGGUGCCAGCAGGUUCCUGGACGGCCAGCAGGCCCCAGGCCUCACCUUACAGCCAGCAGUCCACAGCUGGGAAGGACGGAGCUGCCUGCCCAGUGAGCGUGCCAAUUCCUUGCCCUGUCCUCAGCCCCACCUCCCGGGGCAAGUGCCAAGUCACCCAGCUUGCCAAAGUAAGACGUUAAGAGGGUCUGGGUGCAAAGCAGGACUCCCUGGGUAGUGCAGACGCUUAAGCACUCUGCUACUAACUAAAAGGUUGGUGGUUCGAGUUCACCAGAGGCUCCUCGGGAGAAAGGCCUGGAGGUCUCCUGAAAACUCAGCCACUGAAAACCCCAGGGAGCACACUUCUACUCUGACACGCACGGGGUCGCUGUGAGUAGGGGCCAACUCAGUGCCGACUGGUGUGGAUUUCUGAGGGGCUAUAAUGUAGUUGAUGAGCUCUGGCGGCACCAUGGUUAAACACUCGGCUGCUAACCAAAAGGUCGCCAGUUUGAAUCCACCAGCCGCUUCUUGGAAACCCUAUGGGGCAGUUCUACUCUGUCAUAGCUAUGAGUCAGAAUUGACUCGUUGGUAAUGGUUUUGGUUUUUGGUUUUAAUGUAGUUGAAAAAAGCCUCGGCGAUACAACAGUUAAGUGCUCAGCUACUAACGGAAAGGUCGGCAGUUCAAACCCACCCAGCAACUCCACAGGUGAAAGACCUGGCAAUCUUUUCCCGUAAAGAUGACAGCCCAGGAAACCCUACAAGGCAGUUCUACUCUGUCACGUGGGGUUGCUGUGAGUGGGAAUUGACUCAACAGCACCCGACAACAACAGCAAUGCAGGCAAAGAAAUGUUACAGACAGAAGCGGGGACCCCCCAGUCCCUCACCAUGACCUGGCCACCGUUUCAGUGGUUCCCUCCAGGUGCAAGUCUGGAGGGAGGUCGUAGCCCCUGGGCUGGCUCCCAGAGGGCCUGGAAGACAAGGUCAAGGCACCCCCCCAACACCCCACAUUCUACGGCGGGUCCAGGAACGCCAGGGGCUUUGGGGAGGUGGACUCCACCGAGCCUGAUGGGGACAGCAGCUUCUAGACCCCAAAGCCUCCCCUUCAUGGGGCUGAGCCAGCUGGGCCCAUGCGAGGAGGAGGAGCAGAAAGGGGCUAAGGCCUGGUCCCAACAUGCAGGGUGCACACCUAAUGUUGCCCAGGGAUGCUAGAGGCUCCAGGAGAUCAGGGCCUGUAAGGCAAGCGUCUGACAAAAGCAGCCGGCAGAGUAUGGCCCAGAAAGACCCCUCCCCACCUGUCCUUUCCCACUGACCCAUCUCUUGGCAUCUGGUAACUUGUAACCGUAACCGCUGGAAAGACGGCCCCCUGCCUCUUUAAGGGGGUCCAUGUGCUCAGCUGCUCACUGAAAGGCUGGUGGUUCGAGUCCACCCAGAGGUGCCACAGAAGAAAGGCCUGGAGAUCUGCUUCGAAAGCUCAGCCAUGGAAAACCCCACGGAGCACAGUUCUGCUCUGACACACGAGGGCUGGCGAGGGCGGGGUGACCCCACUGACACGCGGGGGCUGGCGAGGGCGGGGCGACCCCACUGACACACGGGGGCUGGCGAGGGCGGGCCGACUCCGCAGAAGCUGGUUUUCCUCUUUAAAAGAAGCUUUAACCCCCUGAGGCCACCUCAGAUCUGUGCACACCUGAGCUCCCUGACGUCCCCAUCGUCCAGCUGCUCGGGCCACCAGGCUCCAAAGAGGACAAGAGGACUUAGCGCCACGUGUGCCAGGUUGGAGGGGACACAGCUGUGCCAAGCCGAGGCCACAUGUGUGUCCCCCCUGCGUGAGCCCAGAGGAGAUGGCCGGGAGUGGAGGCCGCCAGAGAGAUGCAGACCGGGGCAGCCCAGGGCACGGGGUUCAAGCCGAGCCUCCCCAGCCUCAGCCCCUCUGGGCGCAGCAGCCUGGCAGCCUUUUAGCUCUGUCGGCCCUAAGCCCCACGUCCCCUGCUCCACCAUACUGAUGUUCCCAGGCGGAAGCUCGGAGCCAGAAGAGGCUCCCAAGUUCAAAGAAGUUCAAGACCACCCCCAGGUGCAAGCCCCCCUUGGUGUAAGCCGAGGCCCAGAGAGGGGAAGGCCCUGCUGUUGUCUCCUGCAAGCUGCCUCCGCUGUCUGCUUCCAGGUUGUCCCCCAUCCUGUCCCAUCCCCACAUCCCCUCGUCCACCCCCGCCUCCUCCUCUGGGUGCCCACUGCCCUGUCCCCCUGACCCAGUGUCCCAGCCACCCCCAACCCCAGCAAGGUGGCCAAGGGCAAAAGCGAGCAAGCUCCUGGCUUAGAAAAAAAUCCUCGUUUUUCUUUUUAAUUUCAUUUUAGAGUAACCCUCCAUGGCCCUCCUAGGGGGAUUCUCUGUGUUCCUGCCAUGAAAGCGCACGGCACAGUUGCCGCCUGCCACAGCGUGGGCGCGAGCACAUCUCCCUGGCUCUCAUGGGAGUCUGAGGCCCCCGCCCCGCGGGGAGCAGGUGUCCAGGGUGGGAGUGAAACUCUCAUCUCUCAACUGAGCCGUGGGAAAAAAGAAGAUUGAAGGACAAAAAAAAAGGAGGCGGGGGUGGGAGGAAGGAGGUUUCCCUGCUUCUCCUGGUGUACCAGUGUUUCCAACAAGCUGGAUGGUGCUGGUCACACCUGGCUGAGCCCUGGCCCCGGGGCACACCUGGGCAAAGCCAAGGUCAGGGCGGCUCAGAAAGGAGCUACCACAUGUACCCUGCCUCCAUGUCCCUCAAAGGCAGCCCCCAGCCCCAGAAUGAAGUGGCUCUGUUGUGACCAUCGGGACCCCAGGGACAUAAAUCGCCGUGGUGACGGCAGGAAGUGCGUGUCUUUCUUUCCUCUCUUCGGCCCUUUGAUGCUCUGUCACUGAGCCCCGGGGUCGCCAGGCUCCGGGCAACCCAUCCAUCUCAUUCAUGGCCCCAAGCUCGGAGGGGGGAGGCCAGCAGGAAAAGGCCAUCACGCCACCCACCAAGCAUGAGGGACCCUGGGAGGAGUUUCCAGGCCACGCCAAAACCACCAAACCAUCUCCGUCCCUUAAGAAGUACUUAAAAAAAAAAAAAAAACAGCAAACAA